GCCAAAACCGAGAGUUCCAGAACCACUUCUCUACACCUCUCUAGAAUCUUCCCAUCUGGAUCAUAUCCUGCCACCUAUAAAAUCAGUUCUCUGAUCCGCCUUCGUCACAGCAAAAUUGUCCAAAGCGUGAGAAGAGCUGAGACAACCAAAUCUACGACAAUCUGCACUCAAGAAGAAGAAGAAGGAACAGCAAAAUGGAUAUUAGGCUAAUGGGAUUGGACGGUCCUUUAAUCUCGACUCUGCAACACAUACUGGGUGGCUCCGACGAUCAGGCGGAGAAGUCAUCCAACGCUCCCACCCAAACUUACGUCCGAGACGCCAAGGCAAUGGCUUCCACCCCUGCGGACGUCAAGGAAUAUCCCAACUCAUACGUCUUCAUCAUCGACAUGCCUGGGCUCAAAUCCGGCGACAUCAAGGUUCAGGUGGAGGACGACAAUGUGCUACUCAUCAGCGGAGAGCGAAAGCGAGAGGAGGAGAAAGAUGGGGCUAAGUACGUCAGGAUGGAGCGCAGGGUGGGCAAGUUCAUGAGGAAGUUCGUCCUCCCUGAGAAUGCCAACAUAGAAGCCAUCUCCGCCAUCUGCCAGGACGGUGUGCUCACUGUCACUGUCCAGAAGCUGCCUCCGCCGGAUCCCAAGAAGGCCAAGACCAUCGAGGUUAAGAUAGCCUGAGGCUUUCCAUGUACUGGUCUUUUAUGUUACCAUCCCAUUUCUUCCCGCAGGUUAGGACUCAAGUUUGUGGCGAGUAACAGGGGAGACGCAAUAAACGUUAGCUUAGAAGAGGGCUUGGGGUGUAGGGUGGGGUGUAGGGUUUAAGUGUUUGUGUGAGAUUUCUUUUUCUUGUUUGUGUCUGGGUUUCUGAACUAGUUUGGGGAAAUUGGGGUUUAUGGUCGUCUUGCAGAUGAAGAAGAUGACAGCCAUGUUAUAGUAAGUAUGGAAUGAGAAUGUAUUUACCCUUAAUAUUAUAUAGACUGUGUCUUUCGGAAA